GGCUUUGGUGAGGAGCACUUGCCGAUCUGUUGCUGCUGUCCUUGGUGAUGCAGAGCUCAAUCCAAUUAGCUUUCACCUCUAGAUCCUCUGAGCCAGAUUGUGGAGAUCCAGCCCGGUCUAUCUCUCAGUCUUGUACGCGUGUGUGAAUGUGUGUGUGUGUGUGUGAGGGUGUGAAUGUGUGACUAUGUAUCUGCAGUUCGGUGUCUCCAAGCUGGGCUGAGCUGUGUGCUCUUCCAUUCCACAAUCCAUCCACAGCCGCAGCACACAGCAAGCCCAUCAUCACAUGGAGGAGAAGAAGAAGAAGAUGCGCUCCAAAGAAGACUGAAUCCCUAACUAGAAGCUCCAUGGCACUGGCACCACUCUGCUCCUACCCCUACCUGCUCCACAUCCUCCUAUAGACUUGUAGAGCUCUCAAACAAGCAAGACAUGGGACAAGACCAUCUGGUCCAACUGAGCAUGAAGUGUCUUCUACAGAACAUCUAGUCACCUCUGGAUUGGAGAUGAACCCAGGGCUACUGGGGGCUGCUCAGCUUGUCUUUAAGCCACUUUAAGCAAGAUUGAAGUGGGUCACGGUCUUGCUGAAAACCUUCUUGCAGUUUGUGAAAAUUCAUUAUUAUCUCCCAUGAUUAUUUAUUUCAAGAAGUUUGACUGAGUCCUGUGUUAUACACAACAUGGCAGAAAAAGCUCCGCCUGGGCUGAACCGAAAGUCUUCAAGAUCAACACUGUCUCUUCCACCCGAACCUGUGGAGAUAAUCAGAAGCAAAGCUUGUUCCCGUAGAGUGAAAAUCAAUGUAGGAGGCCUAAAUCAUGAGGUGUUAUGGAGGACUUUAGACCGUCUGCCAAGGACUAGACUAGGAAAACUAAGAGACUGCAACACUCAUGAAGUUCUCCUGGAAGUCUGCGAUGACUAUAACCUAAAUGAGAAUGAGUAUUUUUUUGACCGCCAUCCGGGAGCUUUUACAUCUAUUUUAAAUUUCUAUAGGACGGGGAAAUUGCACAUGAUGGAGGAGAUGUGUGCAUUGUCAUUUGGCCAAGAGCUUGAAUUCUGGGGGAUUGAUGAAAUCUAUUUGGAAUCAUGCUGUCAGGCCAGAUAUCACCAAAAGAAAGAGCAGAUGAAUGAGGAGCUAAGAAGAGAAGCCGAGACCCUAAGAGAGAGAGAAGGGGAAGAGUUUGAUAAUACGUGCUGCCCAGACAAACGGAAAAAACUCUGGGACUUACUGGAAAAGCCAAAUUCAUCAGUAGCUGCAAAGGUAAUGUGCAUAAUGGUAUUUUGUGAUGCUUUGUGA